GAUCGGAAGCAACCCUAUCCGGUGCAUUGGGCGAGUGUGUGUCACACUUUCAGCUGGUGAGUGCUAGGUUGCUCUCAGCACACCGUUAACCUGCGGAUUCACAUGAAACACGGAUUAUCGGGCAGGCACACACGCAAAGGCUCUUUUGCUGUCGUUUCAGACGCUGAUCUGAUCAUUUCUGAGCUUGUUUAGUGUCAAGGGAAGGAAAUUUGGGGAUAAGAUGGCGGAUGUGGCUCCGGCCGGCGUGGAGAAGAGUCUGGAUGACUUCUUCGCAAAGCGCGACAAGAAGAAAAAGAAGGAGAAGGUCAAGGGAAAGGAGCAGGCAACCGGAGGAGCCGUAAUGGUGUUGAAAAAGACGAAAAGGGAGAAGGAGAAGUCGACGAAGAGUGAGAAUCAGGACGCGCAGAUGGAGAAGGAGGAUGAGGAAUGGAAGGAAUUUGAGCAGAAGGAGGUGGACUACACUGGACUCAGACUCCAGGCCCUGCAGAUGAGUGAUGAGAAGGAGGAGGAAGAGUAUGAGAAGGAGGAAGUGGGCGAAGAUGGUGAGAUCAUCCUGGUCAGUGGUGACAAAGUCUCUGGACCCUGGAAUAAAUCCGGCGCCCCCCCGUCAGCUGCUCCGGUCGAGGAAGUUGAGGUUCCUGAGCCCAAGGCACCUGGCGUGUAUCGUCCCCCAGGGGCCCGGCUAACCACUACUAAAAGAGGCCCAACUCAAGGGCCUCCAGAGAUCUUCAACGACGCCCAGUUCCCCUCUCUCCUCUCCACCGCCAGACACGUCGAGACUCGCAAGGACCGAGAGAUGGAGAAGACUUUUGAGGUGGUCAAGCACAAGAGCCGGGUCCGAGAAGGGGAAGGCCAGGGGUCCAUGCAGCAGUUACAGUUAGAUAAUCAGUACGCCAUCCUGGGGGACAAAUAAAAGCCAUCUCCCCCUCCCCCCUCCAAGCCUACCACCAGUGGUACAGUAAGACUCGCAGGGGGAACAUGACCUGCAGCUGUCUGAUGCAGUCCUGACUGAGCUGGAGACGCCUGUGCCCUUCCACACACACACACACACACACACACCUAAAAUCCUUGUCAAGCAACAUCCACAAAUGAAUGCAUUUUGACACAUUUAGCCAUUGAAAUCCUCUUACACACACACACACACAGGGCCGAUAAAGGCCCUCCCUUAUCAACUGCAUUCAGACGGGCUGCAGCAACAGGAACUGACUGAAAUUUCAAAUUCUGCUUUAUAUGACACCAAGUUCACCAAGACGUAUGAUACUGCAUCAAACGAACAAGGCACCAAAUGUUUAUUUCGGUGGAUUUCCUCAUGGGGUUGGUUGGCCGGCAGAGCCACUGGACAUCGGCCAACCCUGAGAAAAUGAGAAAAGCCACUUUGAGGAUGGAGUUCAAGACAUUGUGUGAGAAUUUAAAAAAAAAAAGAGAGCGAGA